AGCCAAGUGCUAGACAAACCAUACCAAAUUCCGAGGACUGUAUGCCAAUUGCCAAGAUUUGGGACAAUUUUGUAGCAGGUCUUAGAUGGGUUAUUGAAGCUGGCAAGUCGAUCUCAUUCUGGUAUGAUAUAGGUCCCCAUGCUCUGUGUUGCUCAAUGCAUUGCCGUGAUUUGGCCUCCAUGUGGAUUAAACGGUGAAGACAAAGUCAUAUGGGGCAUAUGGGAAACGAGGGAGGAUUCCUGGUUGUCCUCGACCUAGACCUAGAUUUGGAGUAAGAGAGAGAAAGAGAGAUGCCGAAGAGAACAACGCACACGUACUCAAGCGAGAACGCAGUUCCCGAAGGACCAGACUCCGAACUCUUCGUCUACUACUGCAAGCAUUGUGGCUCUCACCUCCUCAUCACUGAUAACCAAUUGCAGAAAAUGCCGAAAAGGAAGACUGAUAGAGCUUAUGUAUUGGACAAGAAGAAACAUCUUGCAAGGCUCCAUAUGAAUGAGGCUGGAAAAGUUCUCCUGAAAAGAGAUGAAGGAAAAUUUGAGAAGCAAUUUCGCAUGAACUGCAUGGGCUGUGGGCUGUUUGUUUGCUAUCGAGCUGAAGAAGAUCUGGAAUCUGCUUCUUUUAUAUAUGUUGUUGAUGGUGCACUUAGCACAGUUGCCGCCGAAACUAACCCUCAGGAUGCUCCUGUGCCCCCUUGCAUAUCACAAUUAGGAGGACUUGUGCAGGUGGCCAUUGAGGUUGAAGACCGUGCACAAAGAUCAGCAAUAACAAGAGUGAAUGCUGAUGAUGUUCGAGUCACUGUAGCUGCACCCGCUGCCCGUGGCGAAGCUAACAAUGAACUUUUGGAAUUUGUGGGCAAGGUGUUAGGUCUGAAACUGAGCCAGAUGACUCUUCAAAGAGGAUGGAAUAACAAAUCAAAGCUGCUUGUUGUGGAGGAUCUGUCUGCUAGACAGGUGUACGAGAAACUACUGGAAGCAGCUCAACCUUGAAGCUGCUGUAUUUUUAAUACUUCAUAGAUUCGAAUUGUUUCAGCAAUUUCUUUUUGUGUCUGGUUAAUUUGUAAUGGUGUUUUUACUUGUCUACCUAAAACACUUAAAACAGACUUCUAAGAAAAUUAAAAUCUUUUCACGUGA